CGUUUAAUUUACAGUAGUAAUUGCAGAAGAAAAUGGCGACGGCGCAAGAAUCGAGAAUGGAAAAAAACGAAAGCUUUGAUUCAUAUUUUGAGAUGGUUCAAUCAAGAAAGAAGCUACCUCCUUCAUUACAGGAUUCUCUUACUUCUUCUUUUGCAAAAAUCCAGGUUUCUUCCUUCCCACAAGUCCCCGGUGGCAAAGUUAUCGAGAUUCUGGCAAGUACGCCGGUGGGUGAUGCCGUGAGAAUCUUAUCAGAAUCGAAUAUUCUGUCUGCUCCGGUGAUCAACCCGGAUUCCAAAGAUACAUUGGACUGGCGAAAAAGAUACCUAGGAAUCUUAGAUUAUUCCGCUAUUAUACUUUGGGUGCUGCAGAAUGCAGAAAUGGCGGCAGCUGCUUUAUCCGCCACGUCAGCAGCUGCUGCCGGGGUUACCACGGGUGCCGCUGGUGCGCUCGGUGCACUAGCGCUCGGUGCCACGGGCCCACUUGCGGUUGCCGGACUCGCUGCCGCCGCCGUUGGGGCGGCGGUGGCCGGUGGUGUGGUUAUUGAUAGGGGAAUGGGGAAAGAUGCCCCGACUGCGGCGGAUAAGCUAGGCGAAGACUUUUACAAGGUUAUCCUUCACGAGGAGCCUUUUAAGUCAACCACGGUGGGGUCGAUAGUGAAGUCAUACCGGUGGGCCCCAUUUGUACCGGUGGCUCCGGAUAGUUCAAUGCUUAGUGUGAUGCUACUACUAUCAAAGUACAGGCUCCGGAAUGUUCCGGUAAUCGAAACCGGAAAUCCGUCAAUGAAAAACUUCAUAACGCAGUCGGCGGUCAUACAAGGUCUUCAAAGAUGCAAAGGAAGGGACUGGUUCGACACUAUCUCCGCCCAUCCUUUAACCGAUCUUGGACUUCCUUUCAUGUCUUCGGAUCAGGUUGUAUGUGUUCAAGACAAUGAAUUGAUUCUAGAAGCAUUUGCGAAAAUGAAAGACAAACAAAUCGGUGGCCUCCCGGUUAUCGAUGGAGCGACGAGGAAUAUUCUUGGGAAUAUAAGUAUAAGGGAUGUUAGAUUCUUAUUGCUCAAGCCUGAACUCUUCUCAAAUUUCAGGGAGCUCACAGUGAAGGAUUUUAUCGCGACGGUUUCUGCAGAGACGAACGACAUUUGGAGGACAGUGGCACCAAUAACGUGCAAACAAGAUGCGACACUUGGCAGCAUUAUAGACACACUGGCUUCGAGAUCGGUGCACAGGAUCUACGUUGUUUCUUCGGGUGAGAAUAGCAAGGCUGUGAUUGGUGUGAUUACGCUUAGGGAUGUGAUCUCGUGUUUUAUACACGAGCCGCCGAAGUUCUUCGAUAAUUACUUUGGGUUUGCUGCUCAAGAACUAUUAAAUCAGUGAUUUAUGUAUUAUAAAUAAGGUUUUGAAUUUUUAUUGUAGUAUAUUUUUCCUCUUUUAAGUGAUUAGGAUUUUGCCCGUAAUAAAUUGUGUUGCAAUAAAAGCCAUGGGAGUAGAAAUAUAUACGGAAUAAAAUAAAAGG